UCAACUUCCGGUGUCACGGGGUUCCUGGGAGACGGAGCAAAAAAGCGGGCAUACCGAAAUCUUAAUUGUUUGCACUAGCCUUUAAACAUUUAAAAGCGCAUGCAUUUGACUUAUAUAGUCAAACAAUUGCGCCUUGUGGACCAGUGACCCCCUGGGACCUGCAUUUAGCGUGGAAACGAGUCUCAUUCAUCCGUCUUUCGCAGCAGCUAGCAAGCUAACGAGCUAACGAGCGUCCACACUAGUGUCUGGAGCAGGAGGCCUAUUCUUCUGGACUUUGCUACAAGCUAGUUAGCUAACGUUAGCAGGCUAACCCAUGCGAACACGUUUUCUUUCUCAAUGAUUCUGUCUGUUACGUUGUAAAUAUACACCACACGGCUGAUGUGCGUGCUGGUUAACGAUUUUUGUAAGUUCUGUUGUUAAAUAGGCCGUUAGGUGAAGCAAACUUAGUCGAGCUAACUUACAUCUACGGGGCACUUGCUUUUGAAAGUGUUGUUCACUUUGUUGCUAGCUUAAGCUAGCCACCGCCAACUGAACAACGCAGUCGCUGAAAGCGUAGCAGCCUUCAUCCCACAGAGAUGUCGGACUUCGACGAAUUCGAAAGACAGCUCUCUGAAAACAAACAAGCUGAAAGGGACAAAGAGAACCGCCACCACCGCCGGUCCUCCUCCCGCAGCCGUAGCAGAGAGAGGAAAAGGAGGAGCAGAGACAGGGACAGACGCAGCAGGGAUCGCCGUGGGGACAGUAAGGAGCGCAGACACAGACGCAGCUCACCAUCCAGCUUCCCCCAGGACAAAGCUGGAAGCCGUUCUCCACACCGUGAGAAGAAGAAGAACAAGGUGAAGAAGUACUGGGAUGUCCCUCCACCUGGUUUUGAACACAUCACUCCCAUGCAGUACAAAGCCAUGCAAGCUGCGGGCCAGAUCCCAGCCACAGCCCUCCUGCCGACCAUGACUCCAGAUGGCCUGGCUGUUACUCCCACCCCUGUCCCUGUUGUGGGCAGCCAGAUGACCCGGCAGGCCCGCCGGCUUUACGUGGGCAACAUCCCCUUUGGUAUCACAGAGGAGUCCAUGAUGGACUUCUUCAAUGCCCAGAUGCGUUUGGGUGGUCUUACUCAGGCCCCUGGGAACCCUGUCCUUGCAGUACAGAUCAACCAGGAUAAGAAUUUUGCCUUCCUUGAGUUUCGUUCAGUGGACGAAACAACACAGGCAAUGGCCUUUGAUGGCAUCAUCUUUCAAGGCCAGAGUCUCAAGAUUCGUCGUCCCCACGAUUACCAGCCCUUGCCCGGCAUGAGCGAGAACCCCAGUGUCUAUGUGCCUGGUACACAGCCACUUAAUGGUGUGGUGUCCACAGUGGUACCUGACUCUGCUCAUAAGCUCUUCAUAGGCGGCUUGCCCAACUACCUGAAUGAUGACCAGGUGAAAGAGUUGCUGACGUCAUUUGGCCCCCUGAAGGCCUUCAACCUGGUGAAGGACAGUGCUACAGGCUUAUCUAAAGGAUAUGCCUUUUGUGAAUAUGUUGAUGUCAACCUUAAUGACCAGGCUAUUGCUGGGUUGAACGGCAUGCAGCUGGGAGACAAGAAGCUCCUGGUGCAGAGAGCCAGUGUGGGAUCCAAGAACGCCACUCUGACAAGUAUAAAUCAGACCCCAGUGACGCUGCAGGUGCCAGGUCUGAACAGCUCAGUGACUCAGAUGGGUGGCCUGCCCACUGAGGUGCUGUGUCUGAUGAACAUGGUGGCCCCAGAGGAGCUGCUGGAUGAUGAGGAAUAUGAGGAGAUUGUGGAGGACGUCAGGGACGAGUGCAGCAAAUACGGCCAAGUUAAGAGCAUUGAGAUACCUCGACCUGUGGACGGCCUGGAGGUGCCUGGGACUGGCAAGAUCUUUGUGGAGUUCAUGUCCGUUUUUGACUCCCAGAAGGCCAUGCAGGGGCUGACAGGAAGGAAGUUUGCCAACAGGGUGGUGGUGACCAAAUACUGCGAUCCAGACGCUUACCACCGCCGGGACUUCUGGUAGAGGAGGCAUGAAGAAAAGAUGGGAUGAGGGGAGGGAUGGGGAGGGAGGGAGGUUACAUGUAUCGCCCAUUUCAAAAUCGGCCCCCUGAUGAAUUUGGCAGAGCAACGUUUCAGGUAGAUCUGGGAGUAUUAGUUGUUUGACAGAUGGCUUUGGUGGUACCCAAUUUAUCAUUUGAGAUCUACUUGAAAUGUCCAGCAUUUAAAACAGAUAUUUGGAUUGGUGACGGAGAUGAAUUGGGAGGGUUUAUAUUCAGUCCACUACAGAGGGGGCUAGAUUUGGGUGGUGAGGGUGUAGCUGGGUGGGUGGGGAAGUCAAAGAUUUUUGAGAAAUGUGUGUAAUAAUAGGUCCAGGGUGGGGUCAACAAUUUUUAUACUUUGUGAGACAGGGACGUCAUGUUGGGUGGGAGGGGGGUGCCCCACUUUAAGGUUUGUAUUUAAAUGGAGGUAGCCUGUUUUAAGUACAUUAGGAAGGAGCUGCAGUAGGGAACUAACUGGACUAUUGUGAUGGGGAGGAAGGGUGGAGAAAACAGGAGUGUUUAUUCGAGAGAGGGAGAUGGGGAGGAAGAUGAGGGCAUUUUUGUUUGACCAUCUAAUCUAGAUACUCAGUAGUUGUAACAUCCACUUCCGUUUUACCACCAUCAUUAGAAAGGGUGAGAGGAGACUUCUCUUUUUUCAUUUCUCCAUGUUGUUUCAUUUCUCAUCAGAUUGCUGCCCCCCUCAGGACGAUUGUUAGAGAAUAUGUUGUCUAAUUGGACUUUAUCUGAAUGUCAACUGUAAUUGUUUCAAUACUGUGUGUAGCUUCACUGAUUUGAGCUGUAACAUCACCUUGUAUUCAGGCCGCAGAAUAACACAAGCUGCAGAAAAAGAACGUUACGCCAGUUUCUCUUUUCCUUUUCUAUUUUCUGUAACUUUUUUUUUCACGUCCAUCUUUUGUGCACAGCUUUUAACAGGUGAGGUUGUUUUUGUCUCAGCAGUUCAGUCCUGAUUUAAUUCAAGAGGAAAUAAACAAAGGAAGAUGGGGAGAGGCAAACAGAUUGGUAUUUAACAGGGGAUUUUUAUCUUCCUUACCAAAAAGCCUUAAUGUUAUUACAUGUCAAUUCGCUAAGGGAAAAAAAGAAUUCGGCUUGCCCCCUGUGUCAAUGAUGUCUGUAUGUUUAUAGAUGUCUUGUUCUUUGGUCUUGCAUCACUAGUUUUCAUUUUCCCUUGUUUCCCAGCAGAUUUUGGGUGUAAGAUGUUUUGGACCCGGUUGUUAUUUUUUGUGCAACGUCUCACCUCUUUGACAAGACCAAAUAAACACGUGACUAAUACCCACGACUCAUGUUGUGCCACAAGGUGAAACCAAAACCACACAACUUUCUCUUUGUUCUGCCGACUGCCAGCCUAAUUUGUUUAAAUGACUAAGUAGAUAAAUUGAUAAGCGAUGUUUCGUCCACACUAAAGAAUAACACUGCAACUGGGCUCUCUAGAGAGUCAUAAAUUAAAGCCUGCAGACUGAAGACUUCCUGUCAUACACCCUAUUAAAUUUCUACAAUGAAAAAAUCAUGUCACAUUUUAGUGUCAAGCGUUUAUUAUUUUAUUACGGUAGUGGUUUUUCACUACAUCUAAGAGGUCGUUGUUUGGAUGUUAAACACUGUAUGUACAUCUGCUUUUCUCUCAUCUCCCUCAUCUUCUGCCCUUGAUUCUCUGAGGACCACAUGUUCACACUGUACGGGCUUGAGACUAUGCUUUCAUUUUGGUUUGCUUAAGACAGCGCUGAAGAGAGACUGUGUCAGUGAUAACACUUUUGAGAUGUUACUCCUUACUUUCUGAAAUCUGCUUUCUCAGUGUCACUGUUGUCAGUUAAUUUCUUUUUUUUUUCUCUGGAAAAAAAAUGUGAUUUCUUAAAUGAUUUAAAAACCUUAAAAAAAAACAACACACACACAUCUAGUUUAUAAAAAAGCAAAAACAGUCUUUCAUUUGUCCAAUUUGUUUUCAAAUGUUGAUUAAAAACUGAAUUUACAUGAU